UUUUGUUGCCGCCACCAUGAGCUUCGUGUCGGAUCUUUACCCGUCCUCGUACCGCCGCCUCUUCGGGGAGUCGCCCCGCUCCGGGAGCCGCUUCAGCAGCUCCUCCAUGUCCUCGUCCCGCGCCCCGGGCGGCUUCAGGUCGCAGUCGGUGCCCCGGACAGGCGGCCUCCCCCUGGGGCAGUACCGGCGCUCGGCCGACCUGGAGCUGCUGCAGAGCUCGGGCCUGGGCAACGAGUUCCGCAUCACCCGGACCAACGAGAAGGAGCAGCUGCAGGGCCUGAACGACCGCUUCGCCGUUUACAUCGACAAGGUGCGGGGCCUGGAGCAGCAGAACCGCGUCCUGGAGGCUGAGCUGGGCGUCCUGCGGCAGAGGCAGGCCGAGCCGUCCCGCCUGGCCGAGCUCUACGAGCAGGAGAUGCGGGAGCUCCGCGGCCAGGUGGACGAGCUGAGCUCGGGGAGGUGCCAGGCCCUGCUGGACCGGGACAGCCUGGAGCAGGAGCUGCACCAAGUCCGCCUGAGGCUGGAGGAGGAGCAGCGAGGCCGGGAGGAGGCCGAGGCUGCCGCCCGAGCUUACAAGAAGGACGUGGACGGGGCCAGCCUGGCCCGGCUGGAGCUGGAGAAGAAGCUGGAGUCGCUGCUGGACGAGCUGACCUUCGUGCGGAAGCUGCACGACGAGGAGGUGCAGGAGCUGCGGAGCCUGGUGCAGGCCGCCCAGCUCUCGGUCGAGGUGGAUGUGGCCAAGCCCGACCUGACGGCGGCUCUGCGGGACAUCCGAGCCGAGUACGAGAACCUGGCGGCCCGGAACACGCAGUCGGCCGAGGACUGGUACAAGACCAAGUUUGCCGACAUGACCGAGGCGGCGGCCAAGAGCAGCGAGGCGCUGAGAGCGAACCGGGAGGAGCUGAGCGAGUACCGGCGGCAGCUGCAGUCCCGGACCAUCGAGGUCGAGGCCGUCCGGGGCACCAACGAGUCUCUGGAGCGGCAGCUCCGGGAGAUGGAGGAGCGGCACAGCGCCGAGAUCGCCGGCUACCAGGACACUAUUGGGCAGGUGGAGGAUGAGCUAAGGAACACCAAGGCUGAGAUGGCUCGACACCUGAGGGAAUAUCAGGAGCUUCUCAAUGUGAAAAUGGCUUUGGACAUAGAGAUUGCUGCUUACCGGAAGUUGCUGGAAGGUGAAGAGACCAGGCUCAGCACCAGUAUUAUCAACCUCCCGCCUACCAACUCAAACCCAGCACUUUUGGUCCCAAGCCAGCCUCGAUUCUCCACCAUGACCACUUCCUCCAUCAUCACCUCCAAGAAAGAGCAGAAGGAAGAGGGAUCCAAAAUGCCAUCAAAAUCCUCCAAACAAAAAGCAGAGGCGUAUGAGGAGAUCAUUGAAGAAACCAUUGUGUCAACCAAGAAGGUUGAGCGAGAGGAGCAGAAUGCAAGUGGCCAGAAAACAGAAUUUGCCAACCCUCCAAAAUAGAUCACUGGGUGUUUGUCCUCUUCCCUCCACCUGAAGUAGAUGGAAGGCCAGUGAAGCUGAUGGCAGAAUUCCUCACCAGAGCCUCUGAAAUAGCCACUUCUUUCUGAAGCCCUUUUCUGUAGGGUCCACUCCACUCCCCCUCCCCAUAACACCUGGUGUGUAAACCACAGUUUAGUGACCUCAUUUAUUGGCCCAGUAUUUUACUGAAACACAGCAUCAGAUGUCUCAUUCCUGCCCUGUGAUUUUGGGCAGGACGAUUGACAGGGCCAGAGUAAAGGUAAUUGUAACUCCUAGUGAGGGAUCCCAGGUGCUGGCUAGUGUUGCUCCCCAAUUAAACAAGCACAGAAGAAUUGCUGCCAUCAAGUUGACCUGUCCUGAGUGUAGUUCAUUCUGUCCAUGUCUAGAAAUUAGCUGCAUGUGUCCCAGUGUCUGCAUGUCCCUCACUCUGCUCAUCAUGACAGAUUCUCAACUUCCAUUGGACAUUGUUCACACACACAAUCACCUUCAUGAGCCCAGCAAUUGUCCAGAUGGAUCCUGUCCAUGAGAUGCUGUUUCAGGAAGCAGAAUAAAAUGUUAGAAUGUGUUCGUGUAAAUGUGAAUUUUAAAGGGUGGAGGGUCACACUUGCCCAUACUGCUGGAUCUCGCUGUUAGUAAACAGCUUCACAUGCAUUCCACUGCCUAGAUUUGUGUAAAUAAAAUAAACUUAACCGAA